AUGAAGUGGCACUGGGAGCACUUUGGUGGCACCGAUUGGAACCAGGAGAAUGAGCGCAAGUCCAUCUAUAAGAUUAUGGGUGACCACAAAGAAUGGUCUCGGUCUGUUGGCGACGAGCAGGGUAAUGCCGACUACAUGAUGUUUGCCGACAUUGACUACUCACACCCUGAGGUCCAACACGACGUCAAGAACUGGGGGACAUGGAUCACCAAGGAAUUGGGUCUCAAGGGCUUCCGUCUCGACGCUGUGCAACACUUCAGUCAGCGGUUCACGAACGAGUGGAUCGAUAACUUGCGAGAUGAGUACGGCAAAGACAUGUUCAUCGUCGGCGAGUUCUGGACCGCGGAGACCGAGCCGAUGAAGGAGUGGCUGGAAACGAUGGACCACAAAUUCUCCCUUUACGACGCGCCUCUCGUCUACAACUUCAGUCAAAUCAGCACCAGCGAAGGCGGUGAUUUGAGAAAAGUCUUCGAUGGCAGUCUUGUACAAGAGAAGCCCAUCAAUGCGGUCACUGUGGUAAUGAACCACGACACACAACCAGGUCAAACCAUGGACACGAAGAUUGAAGGCUUCUUCAAACCCCUCGCGUACUCUCUCAUCUUGCUCCGUCAGGAGGGCUAUCCCUGUCCCUUUUAUGGGGAUCUAUACGGGAUGAAGAAGGACGCGGAGCCGCCAUCCUGCGGGGGAAAACUUGCUGACUUGAUGCUUGCUCGUAAGCUUUAUGCAUACGGUUCUCAGGAGGAUUACUGGGAUGAUGCGAAUUGUAUUGGUUUCGUGAGGCGUGCAACCUGGGAUAAACCUGACGGGCUUGCCUGUGUGAUGAGCAAUAAGGGCCCUGGCGAGAUUCGCAUGGCGGUUGGCCAGGAACACAUCGGUGAGAGAUGGACCGAUUUGCUAGGCUGGGAGGCCGGCGAGGUGGUCAUUGACGAUGAGGGAUUUGGCAUCUUCAAGUGUCCAGGCAUCUCGGUAUCUGUAUGGGUUAACAAAGAUGCUCAAGGUCGUGCAAGGUUUCCUACCAACUUUGAUUCGAACAUCUAUCAGGAAUAG